CCCGCAUGUCCACCGCCAAACACAGCUCUAUCCUCUGCUGCCGCCUAAUUGCAUACUAUAACUUCUCCUUCUACACACCCAACUCCACGCUGAACUCAACCAAACACGAAUCAAUUCCGCUCCAUUUUAUUAAUUUCUUUGCAACAUUGUUAUGGCUUCUGAGAAACUUAGGAGGGAAAACGUUACGGACGAGCCUCAAAUUCACGUCGACAAAGAUCGGGUCCCCAAGAUAACUAGCCACUUCGAGUCCCUCGCCGAGAAAGUGAAAGGUUCCGACAUCCCCGGCGGCAUCGGGCACCCUGAGUCGGGGGAAGUGGGUGUCGUCGCCGGCCAGGGCGGUGAGGUGGGUGGUGCUCCAGGUCAUGAUCAGAGAGGAAGAGAGGAGGGUCGAGAGGGCAAGACCCGGUUUGAUUCUACCCAGUUUCAGAGCCCGGGUUCUGUAGUUGGAAAUUUGGAGUUUUCAGGUGUAGCAACGGGGAAGCAGAAAGAGGCGGAGGGAGGGAAAGAGGAGGAGAGGGAGAUGAGAAAGGGGGAACACGGAGAGAAACCCAGAGCAGUAGGCAAAUUUGAAGUUUCUGAGGAGGAAGAUAAAGGUAAAGCUGAAGGGGAACGGAGAGAGAAGGAAAUGGAGAGGAAAGAAGAGAGUGGUGACGAGCAGAGAGAGGGGCUUUCACUGGACGAGAUUUCGAAGUACAGACAAACAGCUCAGCAGAGUUCCAUGGACGCUCUUCGGGCGGCCGAAGAGCGCUACAACAAGGCCAAGGAGCCCGCCUCGUCGGCCCUGCAAAACGUCAAGGAAUCAGCAGGCCAAGCCAAGGACACGGUGGCCGGAGGGCUGCAGAAGACUUCGCAGUACGUCUCGGAGAAGGGCGGUGCCGUGAAGGACACAGCCAUGGAGAAGGGCCACCAAGGCUACGUCGCCGCCAAGGAGACGGCCCAGCAGGCUAAAGAAUAUGCUUCGGAGAAGGCGUCGGGGGCCAAGGACUGUACUGCUCAAACAGUUCCGUCUGUGGCGGGGAGAGCGAGAGAUGUAACUGUGGAUACUGCGAAGAAAAUAGGGAGUUACGCUGGGGAAAAGGCGGUGUCUACGAAGGAUGUGGCUUUGAAGACCGGGAAGACGGUUGCCGGCGAAGUGAAGGACAGGGCGGUGGUGGCCGGCUGGGGGGCGGCACACUUCACGUGUGAGAAGACGGUGGAGGCCACCAAGGCGGUGGCGGGUGUCACCAAAGGGGUGGCGGGGUAUACCGGCCAGAAGGCGGUGGCCGCCAAGGACGCGGUGGCGCAUGCCGGGCAACGCGCGAUGGAGUAUACGGGGCAGAAGGUGGCUGCCACCAAGGACUCCAUAGUGGCAACGGAGGAGAGCGCCACUGAAUACGCCGCCAGGAAGAAGGCUGAGGCGGAGAGGGAAUUGGAGGCCAAGAAAUCAGCUCAUGCAAAGGAAGAAGGUGGAGGGAAAAUGCAAGAAUAUUCCGCGCAUGAAGCCGUCCGGAAGCCUGACGAAGCCGUGCAGCAGAUGUUCGAGGGAGCACCGGAGCACGGGAAGAGGAGAGAAGAGGAAGUCCACGAAAGAAGAACCGAACAAGGUAGCGGCGGCUUGCUCCAGGCCAUCGGCGAGACUAUAGUUGAGAUAGCACAGACGACGAAGGAGCUCGUGGUCGGUGGGGAAGACGAAGCUGGGGGAGCGCAGCGGCACAGGCAGGAGGAGGGGACAGAGGCCGGCGCCGGCAAAGGUAUUAUCAUCAUGGCUUCUGGUUCUGGGACUCCAUCCCAGAAUCAGGCUCAGUGGACUGUGGCGUAG